AUGAAGUCGUUACUCUUCAGCCUUGUCCUCUCAGGCGCUCUGCCCCUAGCAACAGCGAUCCCACAACGACUCUCAUCGAGAGGAGUCAUACCAGAAACCAUGUUCUCAAACACCCUUGGACCUGUUGGAAAUCCCAAUGUUAUAGGCGCGCAGUUUGGAGUCCGAGACGACACCUGCCGAGGCCACCUGACCGACAACUCCAAAGAUUAUACAUCUAAGUGCUGGGGUAUGGACAAGUUCACCGUCAAUGAGUUCGUGAGAAACCGAAAGUCGGAGAUCAAUGACUGCGCUCGACCGUGUCUAUUCUACACCUCAAGUCUCUCAGGGGCUGCAGAGGCUCAGGGUGGCUAUGUCCUGCGCUCAGCCCUGCAAACAGCCGCAACGGAGGAGCGCAAAUACUUGACUAUCUGGGAGUUACAUGACGACAAGUACUACCCCUUCGACAAAGACUGGAGCAUCACUCCCGAGUCCAGAUGCGCCUUCGAAGACUUCGACAAGAAGGACGAAGUCGACAAAGUAGACGGCUGCCAGAGAUCGUAUUUCCGAGCCAUGUCCAAGGCCAUGGCCCUGCAAUGCAGUGGCGAAGUCUUCAUCCUGACCAAUGGCCCCGACCCAGAUAAACUACGGGUACCAACGAAUGGCAUCUGGUGGGACACGGAGUUCCCGACUCUGAUUACUGGUGCCCGACCCGACGACAAGAAAGUUACAAAGAUUACAUAUCUCCAAAUCGAUAAUGUCCCUAAAGAAAAUCGCAAAGAUGCGUCGAAUCCACCCGAGAUUAUCAAUCAAGGGGAGUAUUGGCCGCAGGGACCGGGCGCGGAUCAUCUCAGAGAUUGGAACAAGCAGUUGGGAGCAACCGCGAAUCCUGGUGCCCGGCCAGGAAUGCAUCCUAGAACGAACGAGAUGAGUGGCGUUGAGCUCAGCAAUAGUAAUGACACCAUGGUCGCAGCCAAGCCUGUCCAGAGUAGAAGCGAAGAGGAUCAGCCAGAGAUCCUGACGCCAGACGAUGGAGAUGAAUAUCCUUAUGCUUGGUCUAUUGAAGACAUGGUUGACAUGUACGGGGGCAUCCAAUGGUAA